AUGAUGAUGAAUCAGAACUUGUCCUUUAUGAUUCCAGAGUCGGGAUGCCCACAAACCACUCAAAUUCAGAACCAAUCGUUGGGAUCUUCUCUUAUGGCAUCUCUGCAAGAUGUUAAUCCAACCAAUAAUUUCCAAACAUCAUCUUCUCAUCAUUUGAACUUUCAACAACAGCAACUUCUUCAAAACAACUCUCGAAGGCUCUCGAUUUCAGGUCAUCAAAAUAUUCCUCAACACCUUCAUGUUUCUUCGCACUCCACCACCCGAGGAGGUGCCAAUGAAGUAAAUCAUCAUCAAACCUCAUUGAGCCACACUCAUCCUCAACAAAGUAGCACGACACACCUUUUUAACCAAAUGGAUCUAACAGGGUUUUCUUCAACGUCUCUAGGAGAUCAUAUCUUAGACCUUUGUGGGCAAAAAGAUGAACCUUAUGUGGUUGUUAAAAUUUCUUUUCUUACAUACCAACGACUUUUGGCAAUGCUGAAUGGAUCAAAUCCUGUGAAUGUUGUCAACAACAAAAACCCAUGUGUGGAAUCAUCGUCAUCCGGACCAGCAAAUGUGCUUAAAUUGACUCAACAUUCAAACAAUGAUUAUGAUUCCGAAGAUCUCGACUCUACAGAGAAGAAAAGUACCAAAGGUGAUUCUGGAGUUAUUAAGGGCUCAUGGAGUGAGCAAGAGGAUGAAAAAUUACUUCAAUUGGUUAAAAAACAUGGCCCAAAACGUUGGUCUUUUAUAGCCUCCCAUUUGGAAGGUAGAGUGGGCAAGCAAUGCAGAGAGCGAUACUUGAACCAUUUGGACCCAAGAAUCAACAAAAAAGCAUGGACGGAAGAGGAAGAUAAAAUAAUAAUUGAGCUUCAUGAAAAGCAUGGCAAUCAAUGGGCAAAAAUAAGCAAAGCUUUGGAAGGAAGAACUGCCAACGCGAUCAAAAAUCAUUGGAAUUCAACGCUGUCGAAGCGAUUUGAGAAAAAACAAAAAACAAAAAGGGAACUGGCUGAGGAGAAAAAAGAUGACUCCAGUCAACCACAACAAAUAAUUCACAGGGAUCAACUCGUUCAAGAAACAAACAUUCCACCUCAAAACAGAAAUGAUUACUACAAAGAUCAUCCCCAAUUCUCUUGCAAAUCAUCAGAAUUCAAUGAGAUUUUCCUUGCAACACCGCUUGCCGAAACAAAUCCUCUCAAAAGAUCAUUUCGUGACGUUUUGGAGCUAACAGACGACCCAUCAAAGAAAAUGAAACGAAAUUCAAGCGAUAUUAAGUUAGAAUCUGAGGAAAAUCUGAAUGGGGAAACGUCGCUAGAGGAUAAUUGUAACUCGGAACAAGGCAAUAGAAAAGACAAGUUCAAAAAUUUGCGAAUUAAUCUGGUGGAAAAAAGUGGUGACAUCUCUUGCUCGGAUAGAUCUUCCAGCGUUGUUUGUCACACAACCUCAACACCAAUAGGAGUGGAGAGUACUGUGUCAGUUUUAACUGAACACACACUUCCGAGUGGAUUUACCCCUCGAGGAUUCACCUCCAGUAUUUCGGAUACACAAUUACCAUUUUGUUCACCAACCCCAAGUGGCUUGUCGUCAAUAUUUACCCAAACAUUCAACGACGGAACAACCACACCGUCAAACCUACAAAUGACGGAAAUAUUCAUGGACGAAAUGAUGUUUGUUUCCCCAAGGAAUGGUAAGAACAUUUGA